AUGGCAGGAGGAGUUGGUUUUGUUUUGGGUUUCAUUGCUGUUGUUUUUGUUCAACAUGCCACUGCCACGGUGCACGUCGUCGGCGACACUGUCGGUUGGACGGUUCCGCCGGGCAAUACUUUCUAUUCUGAUUGGGCUGAUGAAAACACCUUUGUCGUUGGCGAUUCUCUCUCAUUUAAGUUCCCAACCGGAGCACAUGAUGUACUUAAAGUAACAAAAGAAUCCUUCGAAGCGUGCAGUUCCGAUAAAGGGAUCGGAAAUGUCCUCACAACGGGCCCUGCGACGGUGAAACUUGACACUGCUGGCAUGCAUUACUUCAUUUGUACCGUUGGUAAACACUGUUCGGGAGGCCAAAAGUUAUCCAUCUCCGUCUCAGCCGCUUCCGGUGGCGCCAUGUCGCCUUCUUCACUGGCAACUCCAACUCCUGCAAAUUCACCGUCCUCGUCACUACCUAACGAGAGUGGAUCUCCUACAGCUCCGGCGCCAUCCUCCUCCACUGCAGUGACGGCAACAAUUUAUGUCACUUUGUCCGCUAUUGUUAUGAACCUGUUCUAAAUGUGGAUUUUACGUGACAUAUUUUUUCCCAUUUUCAUAUUUAUUUAUAAUUAAGUUGGGGUUGUUGAUCAUUUUUUCUAUUUAUCUUGUUCAUAGAAGUUUGUUGAAAGUGAUGGCUGAUGAGAUUCUUAAUCCUUUCGGUACUGUAUUUGUUUCUCCAAAACCUUUUCAUUGCAGUCCGGCUGCAUCCAUCUUUUGUACAACCUAAUUAGUA